AUGUCGAACACUCAAGUGGGAAAUGUUUACCAGCAGAUUAUUGCAGAUGUAGUCGAUAGCUCUAGAGUCGACUUCGAGGAGAGUGGAGUCGAUGAAGUUGUAUUGGAGGAGUUGAGAAAGGGAUGGCAAAAGAAGUUGUCAACACUGGGUGUUGCUCUGUUUCCAUGGGAUCCAAAGCCUGACCAGCAACCUAUGCAAAAUCCACCAAUGGUACCUUCAAAUUACCAACAUACAGGUAUACCUCCAGGACAACCAAUAUAUCAAACUCCAAUGCCAAAUGGACCUCGCAUCAAGGGUGAACCUGGUAUGGAGAAUGCAGGCUUCAUACCGUCUCCUAUGUCACAGGCACCUCCUCAGGGUCCUCUUAUGACUAUGCCAAAUGCUACACCAGCCCAACAACGUGCUGCCCAAAACCUCCAUGCUUCUUAUGGACAUAGAGCGGCAGCUUCAAUUCAAUCCAUUCAAGGAGGUGGUGGGGCACCCCAGCAGCAACCCAUGUCUCAAAUGAGUCCACAGCAACAUCAAGCGAUGCAACAACAACAACAAAAUUUGCAAAUGCAAUCAAUGCAGCAGCAACAGCAACAACAGAGACCAGGCAGUGGUUUGUCUCCUCAAGCUCAACCACAACAGCCACAAGGACAACCCCAGGGUCCGCCAAGCCAACAAAGUCAACAAGCUGCGGCGGCUUAUAGGCAGAGUGUUGCGGCUCAACAAGCACAGCAGCUACAGCAGUUACAGCAGCAGAGAGCUUUCCAAAACGGUCAAGCCCCUCAGAACCCCCAAAACCCCCAAAAUGGUCAGAAUGGUCAGAAUCCUCCAGCUCCUCAGGCCCAACAAAAUCCUCAAGGUGGUGUUGGAGGUGCACAAACUGACGGAGCUGGUGAUGAGACUGAUGAAUCUAUUGGAGUUAUCAAACAAUUUGAUUCUCGAGGCAAUGAGAUCGCCAUGGGUCGAAUCGAGAUUGACAACCUCAUCCGUAGCAAGAUCGAAUCCAUGGGCAAGGCUAUGGAAGGUGGCGGUCUAAUGCUUCCACUCAAGGAAGCCAAUAAGAUCCCUUCAACCAAGCGUCAACGCAAGGCCUUACCAGGCUCAUUGCCACAAACAGAUGGUCUUGGCUCUGAUGAUGAUGACGAAAAGGUUAAGGAUGAAUUAGAUGAAGAUGCAAUUAAUUCUGAUUUGGAUGAUCCUGAUGAUGGAUUGAAUGACGAUGAUGAAGAUGAUGAGAAUAUGGGUCAUAUUAUGCUUUGCAUGUAUGACAAAGUCCAAAGAGUCAAGAACAAGUGGAAGUGCGUUAUGAAAGACGGUGUACUCACUGUCAAUAACAAAGAAUACGUAUUCCACAAAGCAACUGGAGAAUAUGAAUGGUAG